UUUUCAGUUUCAUCAAAACGUAAACAGUUUUCGCGCUUGCUCGGAAAUUUUUUGGAAAGAUUUUUGUAUUCACAUGUAAUUUCCGUAGAAGCUUGUGGUCACUAUGAGCAAACCAGUCCGUUUGGCGUCCUUUUGUCGCCUUUGUCUGUCGAAAACGAAAGACAAAGUGCCGGUGUUUGCCGAAGGGAACUUGCUGGAGAGUCUGCUGAGGCUGAUCGAAAUUGAGAUUGAUGAAAACGACGAACCGGACGCCGUGGUCUGUUAUGACUGUGUGGUGACAUUGGAAGGAUUUCAUCAGUUCAAGGAGCAGUGCCAUGUUAAUGAUGAGUUCGUGAAAACGAUUCCGCCCAAGGCGGAUAAUUCCGGGUCGUCCGGCGGGGAAGAAGAAGAGGACGAUAGAGAAGAGAGUGGUGCCGAAGACGAUGAAGGUAUGGAAGAGGAAGAUCGUCUUGAACUUAGCGAGGCUGAGGAGGUGUUUCAUGCGCUACCGUCUCCCCCGGCAAAGUCCGCAAAAUCGAAGCGGAAGGCUGCAGAUGUAAGUCCCAAGAAAACUCCCGCUAAGAAACCUACAACGCCGGUACAAGCCAAAAGACCGAAGAUGGAACAACCCGCCAAAGAUAAGUCUCCGAAAACUAGCCUCGAUGAGUUGCAGGUUUUGCAGGAGUCCUAUCCGGAUUACUUCUACUUCGAGAAGGGUUCCCGCUCGAUCUACUACACGCUGAUUUACUACGGUGAACGGUUCAAUUCGGCAAUUUUUGCGGAACGGACCACCUACUGGCAGUGUAUUCACCGGCGGAAGUAUACGUGCCCGGCCCAGGUCAGGGUUUCGAAUGAUUACAAGUCGUUUGAGCGAUUCUACGAACACACACACAAACAGCUGCGCGAAAAGGAAGGCCAAGCGUUUACGCCGCACGAAGCGCUGCCGGAACUUUUCAAAAUCUGCAAGAGAAUCGUGGAACAGAAAAAAAUAAAACAGUACAAUAUGAAACAAGACGUAAAGGAGGAAUCCUUUGAAAGUCAAUUUCAAGAGUUUGCCGAGGAAUCAAUGCGCAAUGCUGCAAAUAAAACUGCGAGUCCAGAAGUCAAAAAGAAAAAGUAUUCUGAUAUUUAUUCAUCGGACUCUGAAGCAGAAUCUGGUUCAGAUACUGAGGUUCAGUCGAAGAAGAAGCCCAAGCCAAGCAGUAAAAAUGUACAACAGAAGAAACAAGCAGCGAAAGAACCUAAACCAGUCAAGCCUAAAGAGGAUGACUCAAAAUGCGAUGAGGACAUUGAUUUAGAUCCAGACGAAGAGCAGGAGUUGGAUCUGGAGCAAAUCGAACAAGAAUGCGAUGCCCUAAAUGUCCCGAAGCGACCCAGCGGUGGUCCGACUCUGGAGGAGAUGCUUGUCCUACAGGACUCCUACCCGGACUAUUUCUUCUUCGAAAAGGGUCCCCGUUCCAUCUAUUUCACCCUGGUGUAUUACGGCGAGCGGUUCCACUCUGCUCUGUUCACCGAACGCUACACCUACUGGCAGUGCCGGCAUCGCCGCAAGUAUCGUUGCCCUGCGCAAGUGUGCGUUACCAACGAUUACAAAACCUUGGAACGCCGCUACGAACACAGCCAUCCGGAGCUGCCGGACAAGGAAGGGCAAGCGUUCACGCCGAUGGAAGCUCUGCCGGAGCUUUUUGAGGCUUGUCGGAAAAUCGUCCACAAGAAUCGAGCAAAAAGGCGUCAGAAACUUCUGCACAAGUAUCAAUUCCUGAAUUCAAUCAACAGUUCGGACGAUCAACCAACAAACAACGAUAGCAUGGACAUAAACGAGGAUGACCUAAUUGAAAUAGUUGACGAUGUUGGCGCCCAGGAAGGAACGCCAACCAAAGACUUUGAGUAUGAGGAGCUGAUUGAGGAAGAUUAAGAGGUAAACAUCCUAAAUUUGAUGAUAUGAUAGUUCAACUACAGUUACAAAAGGCAUAAGAUUCGAAUUUGGUUACCGACCAACAACGAUUUAAUGGUUGCGCAUGUAUCACUAAGUAUCACAGUGAUUGCAUAUAUGUGUACCAAUUCAAAUUGUAAUGUUUCGAUAAUCUGCUAUGUCUGCUCGUCUUUGGUUGAGGUUUGAUUUCAUCAAAUAUUUUCUUUGCAGGUUAACAUGGUAUCGUAUACUUUAUAAUCAUGUUAAUAGUUGUACACAGUUAACUUCAUAGUCUUUCUUUUAAUUUAAAGUGUUUCAUAUUAUUUUACAAUAAAAGAUAGAUCAUAAAA